AUGCAGGCCGAUUCUCUCACCGAGGAGCAAGUCUCCGAGUUCAAGGAGGCCUUCUCUCUGUUUGACAAGGAUGGCGAUGGCCAAAUCACCACCAAGGAGCUAGGUACCGUCAUGCGCUCGCUCGGCCAAAAUCCCAGCGAGUCUGAGCUCCAGGACAUGAUCAACGAGGUCGAUGCCGACAACAACGGCACCAUUGACUUCCCAGAAUUCCUUACCAUGAUGGCCCGCAAGAUGAAGGACACCGACUCCGAGGAGGAGAUCCGGGAAGCCUUCAAGGUCUUCGACCGCGAUAACAACGGUUUCAUCUCCGCCGCCGAACUGCGUCACGUCAUGACUUCUAUUGGCGAGAAAUUGACCGAUGACGAGGUCGACGAGAUGAUCCGGGAGGCUGACCAGGACGGUGACGGCCGCAUCGACUACAACGAGUUCGUCCAGUUGAUGAUGCAGAAGUAA